AUGUGUGAUAAAAGGAAAAGGUUUAACUCAGCUUUGACAUUCGAAGAAUUUGUCGAUUAUCAUAACCAAUUACCAAACACUCCUCAGCUUAAGUAAGAUUCAUCUUUGAAAUUUAGACCAAUUAAGCAGUCCGCUUUCUUUAUACCUGAAUUGGAUUUAGCCAAUGAUGUCUCAUAAACUUAGUUGAAUAUUCCUUUAGAAAUAAUUUUGGAAGAAGAACUGACAAGUCCUAAAGAAAUAGUAAAAGCAAAAAAGUCGAUAAGAAAAAGAUAAAGGUUUUUCAGUGAAAAUUCUCAAUAUACAGUAAUUAAUAUUUUGGAGAGAAGACUACAGAAAAAGAAAUCUUUCAUCCCCACUCUCUUUGAAUUAUGAUUCCCC